AUGCGUACUGGUUACGUCCCCCUCUUUCUCGCGGCAGCGGCUCACGCGGCUGGUGCAAGGUUCCGGCUGAACCAGACGUACGUGGGGCGCGACUUUCUGGACGGGUGGACGUGGGAGACGGCGGACGACCCGACGCAUGGGCGGGUGAAUUAUGUGGAUAUGCACACCGCGCUCAGCCAGAACUUGACGUACGCUUCGAGCACUAAGUUCGUGAUGCGUGCGGACGAUUUCAGCGUCGUGCCCCCGAACCAGCGGGGGCGGAGCAGCGUCCGCAUCUCGUCCAACCGCGCGUUCGACGAGUCGCUCAUCGUCCUCGACCUCGCGCACAUGCCUGAAGGCUGCAGCACCUGGCCGGCGUUCUGGACGCUCAGCCAGAAAGGCCCGUGGCCGCACGGAGGGGAGAUCGACAUCGUCGAGGGUGUGAACCUCGGCACGCAGAACCUCGCGUCCCUACACACGACGCCGGACUGCAACAUGCCCCAGCAACGGCUCCAAUCCGGCCAGACGACGUCAACGGUGUGUGACGCCUCGGUGAACUACAACCAGGGCUGCGGCGUCUCCUUCUCCAAGCCCGCGAGCUUCGGGCGGCCGUUCAACCAGCAGGGCGGCGGCUACUUUGCGAUGGCGCGCACCAAGGCCGACGGCGUGCGCGUCUGGUUCUGGGCACGCGGCGACCGGAACACGCCGCAAGCGAUCUCGAACCCCGACGCGCUGUCCGUGCCCGCGCUCUCCCGCCGGCGCUGGGGCGCGCCCGAGGCGGCGUUCCCGACCGCGGCGGACAAAUGCGGGUAUGAGACGCAUUUCGACGCGCACCGGAUGGUGUUUGACUUGACGUUCUGCGGAGAUUGGGCGGGGAGCGCGUGGCCGGCGACGUGCGGGCCGUUGAAUUGCGUGGACUACGUGAACAACAACCCGAAGGGCUUCUCGGACGCGUACUGGGAGGUCAACGCCGUGCGCGUCUACACGCCGUACUGAUCGCGUCGGACGCUAUCUCCGUUGCGCGUCUUAUCUAUGUACAUUGUGCAUACGUCGUUUCUUCCCCUCGUCGUGGCGGCAGGGUCGUCGUAUGGCCCGGAGUCCGUUGUGCUAGAUCUAGUGUACCUGGUUUGUAAUUGUAGAGUAGAUUCCGGUACCUGGUGUGCUGUGUAAUGUGUAAUGUGCGCAGCUUCGAGCUGC